UACCUCUGACUUGACCGCGGUGUACUUUUCGCUACGCAGGGAGGAGUCAGGCGGUAGUUUCUUCAUGAAAGUGGCACGUUUAUUGAAUUAUCAGUUAUCUUUACAACACAUAUCGCGGCCAUGUGUCCAUAAUGUAGUCCGCGUGUGUCGUCGCAGCAAAGCUAUCGAUCCGUUAUCGGGUGAUUUUCGACAAAACAUCGAGGGGAAACUGGCGGAACAGGAAGGCGGAACAAGAUUACAGAAUCACGGCCAGACACCGAAACGCUGUCCAUCACAAAGCGUCUGCACUGGUUAUUUACUCAACCUUUUGACUGCCUCCAUUCCAACGGUAAAUAAUUCACGAGUUGUAGGCGCCGCCGCCGCAGGCAACCAUGUCCAUGGCCCUUAAACAGGUCUUCAACAAAGAUAGGACAUUCCGGCCCAAGCGUAAGUUUGAGCCCGGGACGCAACGCUUCGAGCUGCACAAGAAGGCCCAGGCGUCGCUGAACGCUGGGCUGGACCUGAAGCAGGCCGUGCAGCUGCCCCAUGGCGAGGACCUCAAUGACUGGGUGGCCGUCCACGUGGUCGACUUCUUCAACCGCAUCAACCUCAUCUACGGCACCAUCAGCGACUCCUGCACCGACCAAACCUGCCCCGUCAUGUCCGGUGGACCCAAGUAUGAAUACCGCUGGCAGGACGAGCACAAGUACAAGAGGCCGACUGCGCUGUCGGCCCCCAAAUACAUGAGCCUGCUCAUGGAUUGGAUUGAGGUACAGGUCAACAACGAAAACAUCUUCCCCACCAAUGUCGGUACUCCCUUCCCUAAGACCUUCAUGCAGGUGGCUAAGAAGAUUUUGUCUCGUCUGUUCCGGGUGUUUGUCCACGUCUACAUCCACCACUUUGACCGCGUGAGCCAGAUGGGGGCCGAGGCCCACGUCAAUACCUGCUACAAGCAUUUCUACUACUUUGUCACCGAGUUCAACCUGACUGACCACAAAGAGCUGGAGCCUCUGAAAGAGAUGACCUCUCGGAUGUGCCACUGAGGGAGCACAGCGGACCUGCGGGACACACGCUUGACACACACAUCCGUCCAUCCAGAAGACUGCAGUGGGGAAAAAACAUUCUGAAAAGAGUCUAUUUUUAUAUUUAAGUACUGUUAUCUAUUUUAGCCACAUACUGUAGGUUUCAACCAUGAACCUCGUCAUGUGAGGCGUCCCGUUCCCUUGGGAAGAAAAAAAAAGUUUUCAAACAUUUUAUCAGAGCACAGUAUUAAGAGGUGUACGUUUGUGUUGACGUUCUUGUUUUCUAUUUUAUUUGAAUCUCAAUCAUUCCAGGAUGCAUCUGUCUUUCCUUCUGUUAAAAUGGUCUAAAAUUAGUACGAUUUCUUAAUGUAAAUCUAUAAAAAAAAUCACUAUGUUGCAAUAUUAAAAUAAUUCUCUACUCUGUUAUAAUCUGAUUUUAUUAAAUCACCUUUUGAUUUAAAUUGCGUUUCCCACCUGAAUCUGAUUGGCUACACCUAAAUCUAAUCUAUUUUUUAUUUCCUGGGUAGGAAAGAUAUUUUUCUAUAAAACAAGUAACUUGCUAAUUUUUUUUAUUAUGUUUUUGGGCAGAGAAAGUAUUAAGUCCCAAAAUGUUACAUUACAGUGAGGAAAAUGCAUUUCCUUCCUUUUUCUGAGUUAAAAAAAAUGUUUUGAAUACAAUUUUAGGAAUUUAAAUAAAUGUGUGGUUCUGUUGCA